CAAAAAAAAAAAACAAAAAAAAAAACAGCGGCGGUACAAGAUUUGUAAGGUGAAAAGUUUAUUAGCUAGUUGACCUAUACUCACCGAAAGUUUAUAAGAUAUACCAUGGCAUCCGCCUUAAUUUCAGUCCCAACAACGGCGUCACGCUUCGCUCUGCUGCAGGUGGACUCCGAGUCUGACACAGACUCCGAUGCGGGGAAGACUAAAGGGGGUCGUGACGCCGCAAAGUCCCGCUCAGGGAAAUCUCCCAGCGGGAAAAACAGUCAGAACAAUGAGAAAAAGAAAGACAAGAAGAAGCGAAAGAAGGAGCAGCAGCAAAGUGAAACAAACGAGCUCAGGAGCCUUGCCUUUAAGAAGCUGCCUCAGAAGUCCUCGGCCCCACCUCCUACUCUGACACUGCAGAGUUUAGCUAAUGAGCUACUGCAGCCAACGGCCAAGGAUCGUGCUUCUGCCCCCCAGGAAAGCUGGCAAGAAUGGAAGCAGAGAGAUGAACAGCUGACCUCUGAGUUGUACGAGGCAGACUUAGAAAAAGCCCUAAUGCUGAGCAAACUUGAGUUUGAACAGCAGAAAAAGGACACAGCGAGCCCGGAAGCACCAUCACCCAAGGCCAAAGGCGGGGGGAAGAAGGAGAAGAAGAAGAACCAGCAGGGGAAGGACAAACGCCUCACAGUGUCACUGAAAGACUUUCAGCAGGAGGGGAGCCUGGAUCCGCUGAGUAAGAGGCCAGAGAGAGAGGAGUUGAAGCCAGUGAACCCAGCGGCCCAUGAUGAGCGUUUUUUUAACCAGCUGGAGGACACUGUGAGCCGGAUAGUGCAGAGAGACAAGCGGAGGGAGCAGUACAGCAGCAGUGCCGGCCACGAACUCAACACCUCCUCCGAGCAGGAAGCGGAUGUAAGAACUGAACAGUUAAAAUUUGAGCUGGAAAAAAAAGACCGGGAAAUAGAAAAGUUGAGAAAGACCAUUUCACAGUGGGAGGAGAGAUAUAAAGAAGUGAAAGCCAGAAAUGCACAGUUGCUUAAGAUGCUUCAACAAGGAGAGAUGAAAGACAAAGCAGAAAUAUUGCAGCAAGUGGAGGAGCUUCUGAACAUCAAAGAGGAGCUGACAUCACAGGUGACAUUGCUGCAUGCGUCAUUAGAACAGGAGAGGUCAAAGGUGAAAGGCUUACAGUCAGAACAGCCAAAACAUCAGGCCAACCGGAAAGGAAAGAAGGCCCAGAGGGGGAUUUAUGAAGAUCGAGGAGGUGAGGGAACAGCUCUGGUGCUCCAGCCUCUAGCGUCUGCUCUCUGACCAGUUCAGCACCCCACACCACCCAUACUCAAGUUACGCUUCUGAUUGCCCAUGAGAAAACUAACAAUCCCUAAAACGUACACUAUGUAAAACCCUCCCACCUGUCUGUCUGGGCCUGCACCACCUCGUUUGUCUUGUAAUGGAUGUCAAGUAGAAAUUCCCUGUGUGAACUGCUGAUGGUUAGUUUUGUUGGGGGAUCUGAGUGGUUAGUCUGCUUUUGUCAGACUCGUCUAACACACAGCACGUCGGCAUAUUUAAAACUUUGUACAAUUUUUUUACUUUGUGUAAUCUUUUGACGGUUUAAUGGGAUUGUAAACAUAAUUUAAUUAUCCUGGGUUGAGUUUCCAGUUCACGUUUAUCAUCUGCUCUGGUGAUUGCUGUCGUUGUGCAAGAUGUAUUGUUUUUGAGAAAAUCAGACCCACCUCCCCUGUCAAACCAUAACCGUUAUAAAGAAAAUGUAAAAUUGGACAUAAGUCAGUGCAAAAACAAUCAUAUUUUCGUGUCAUUCUCUCCGGAAUGUGAUGCCACCUGCUGAUGAGAAAAUGCCAAUGCGUUUCAACUACAGACCGACAGACCGUUGCUUCUCUAAAAAUUUGAGUCGACUUUUUAAUAAAGACACUAAUCUACUUUUUCAAACUA